ACACUGUUAUAUAUUUCUUUUCAUUUCUCCACCGAGCUAGUGUUUCUUCUCUMUUUCAUUUCUACGAAGACUUCUCGAACGUGGUCUCUUCGGGACGGCUAUUUAUUUGUAAAARUAAUAAAAAAUGGGUUUUGUAAAAAUAGUCAAAAACAAACAAUACUUUAAGCGUUAUCAAGUAAAAUUCAAGAGGCGUCGUGAAGGCAAAACAGAUUAUUAUGCGCGUAAGCGAUUGACAAUUCAAGAYAAAAAUAAAUACAAUACUCCAAAAUACAGAUUAAUUGUUCGUUUAUCGAAUAAGGAUAUCACAUGCCAAAUUGCAUAUUCAAGAAUUGAAGGAGAUAAGAUUGUAUGUGCUGCAUACAGUCAUGAACUUCCAAGAUAUGGAAUUAAAGUUGGACUCACCAACUACGCAUCAGCCUACUGCACAGGGCUAUUAGUAGCAAGAAGGCUCCUUAAAAAGUUAGGCCUGGAUGAAUUAUAUACAGGCACUACAGAGGUAACAGGAGAUGAAUACAAUGUCGAAGAAUUAGAUAAGGGACCUGGGGCAUUUAGAUGUUACCUAGAUACAGGUUUGAUGCGUACCACUACUGGUGCAAGAGUAUUUGGAGCAAUGAAGGGUGCYGUAGAUGGAGGUCUUAAUAUUCCUCAUAGUACGAAAAGAUUCCCCGGUUACGAUAGUGAAUCAAAAACUUUCAAAGCCGAUGUACAUAGAAGACAUAUUUUUGGUCAACAUGUUGCCAAUUAUAUGAAAAUUUUGGAAGAACAAGAUGAUGAAACUUAUAAAAAACAGUUUUCUCAAUAUAUUAAAAAUGGAAUUAGUGCUGAUGGUAUUGAGGAUAUGUAUAAGAAAGCACACGAAGCUAUAAGAGCCAAUCCGGAACACGUUCCAGUAUUAAGGAAGAAAGAACCUGUAAAGCGGAGGUGGAACCGUGCAAAAUUAUCGCUAUCCGAACGCAAGAAUCGUGUUGCACAGAAAAAAGCAUCUUUCCUCAAAACUCUGGAAGAAAUGGAAGCCUAAAAGGCUUAUUAUUUUGUGUUAUACCAUCCUUAUAUCAAACAAUAUAUUCGAUUAACAGUACAAAUGUGUAUUUGAUUGAAUUUUGCAGUAGAAUAUAAAAAGAUGAUGAAAAUAUUA